AAGCCGCAUUUCAGCGGUGCCAACAUCGGCGCCAUGUUUGACGGUGGGAGGAAGGCGGUAAGCGAGCACGCUGCUUACGUCACAUCCGGUCGUCCUCGGCGGCGCUGUCAGUGUCAAAGCUAGCAGGGGGAGAGCUGCCGCCACGUUUUACCGCCACGGUGACUUCAACACGACGCGGUUCAGUUUCUUCUGUGUGUGCGUGAGUGACCCUCUUGGGCGGUGUUUGCGUGGUCGCCGCGUGAGUCGUGGAAAAGUCCGAAUCGUGUGAAAAGAAAGGCUGCCGCUGCAGUAGCAGCACGCUGCCCCCUUUGUCGGGCACCGCUAGCGCGAGCACGUUGAAAGCGGGUCGCUCGGUCGAGAGAAGCUAACGGGCGCGUUUCCAGCGGCGGGACCUCGCUGACCGAGCUGUCAGGAUGCCAUGCCACAACCAGCAGCUGAACAACAACAUCAACAGCGGACAGGAGCAUCCCAUGAAGCAGGUGCGCUUCGCCAACAGCAGCAGCACCAACAACAACAGUGCGCCCCCGGUGCUUUCCGCCCCUGAUCCCACCGCAGCCCCCCCGCAGCCGGCCAGCCAGGACAGCCUGGGACCCCAGCUCAAGCUGCUGCCCCUGAACGACCAGAUCCGGGAGCUGCAGACCAUCAUCAGAGACAAGACAACCAGCAGAGGAGAUUUUGUGUUUUGUGCAGAUCGGCUGAUCAGACUCGUCGUUGAAGAGGGCUUGAAUCAGCUCCCGUACUCAGAGUGCACUGUAACCACACCAACAGGGUACAAGUAUGAAGGUGUCAAGUUUGAAAGAGGCAACUGUGGCGUCAGCAUUAUGAGGAGUGGAGAGGCCAUGGAGCAGGGUCUCCGGGACUGCUGCCGCUCCAUCCGCAUUGGCAAGAUCCUGAUCCAGAGCGACGAGGAGACGCAGAAAGCCAAGGUCUAUUACGCCAAGUUCCCCCCCGACGUGUACAGAAGAAAAGUGCUCCUCAUGUACCCCAUCCUCAGCACAGGGAACACUGUGAUCGAGGCGGUGCGGGUGCUGAUAGAGCACGGAGUCCAGCCCAGACAUAUCAUCCUCCUCAGCCUCUUCUCCACUCCUCACGGAGCGAAGUCCAUAAUCCAGGAGUUCCCUGACAUCACCAUCUUGACCACAGAAGUUCACCCAGUCGCGCCCACGCAUUUCGGACAGAGGUACUUUGGCACUGAUUAAAGCCCGGACAACCUGAGGAACAUGAUCUGCAAACCGCUUUAGAUACAUUUCUUUUAUUCUCUGUCUUGUACCUCAUGUUCUCCUUGUUGUGCCAAAAUCUCGCUACCCGCCCUGCAGAGCUGCUCAGCUGACAGAUUAAUCCUAUCAACUGUAUUUAUUGUUUUGGGUUUGUUUUGCUGUGUAUACCGGUGUUAUAAGCAGAAAACAAAACUGAACCAUGUCCAGAGCUCGGCUGGGAUUGUUUUAUUUUGCAUGUUACAACAAUUGAUGGAUCAAUAAAGAAUUUAUAUUUGUUUACAGACAGAAGAUGAAGUGAAACUGUCAGUGUUGUUUUUAUUUAUUUUGAAUUUUUUGGUAGCUCUCAGGUGGCGAGGAAGGGAAGCACCACAAUCACAUCCUGCAAAGACAGUUGAAAAGGGACCUUCCUGGUAUUAAUUCACUCCUGUCGGCCAACUUGGUGUCAUUUGUUGACGUACAAUGCUAUAAAUACCUAUUAUCUGAUGAAAAGCACACGGUUUCAUUAGUUUAAAGCAGUGGUUCUCAGAGUGUGGGGCGAGCCUCGCUUAGAAUUACACGAUUAUAUUGCUGUGCAGAUUAAAUAUGAAGACAAAAGCACAUCAUCUCAUUGUCUGUGGAUAUCAAUAGAUGAAAAACAAACAGUGGGAAAGCCGGUAGUCAUCUGCUGAGUACUGGCUGGUGUGAGACAAUACUUGCAGGAUGAGAUCCGGAGGGCCGAAAUGUGCUUCUGUCUGAAGGACUCGUCCUCCCUGACUGAGAACCGCUGCUUUAAAACGUCGCCCCCAAAAUAUACAGACACUGCCCGCAGCAGGUAUGAAUGAAUGAACUCAAUAUACAAGAAAAGGGCUGAACAUGAUAACACACACGACAACAUUCACAUAUUCCCCCGACAUUGUACACACACACACUUUCAAACCCUAAAUCCCGACUCGGACAACACAACACAGAUUUAAUGGACGUACAUCUCAGACAUGAGCACCAUUCGAUUUGGCUCCCCUAACAAAACAAAUGAUCUGAUAAAGCAAAUUAAAGUGUCGAGAUCAAACAAGUUCGAGGUUUAAUAAAGGCCCAACGUUAUCCUCACACUGAUAAUUGAGUGUACUCUUCGGCUAAAGCACACUAGUUAAAACACACGAGUCCAAAAACUAAUUCCCCGCGAGGGGAAACGGUUUCAUUGGCAUUAAAAAAUACAUCAACACAGGUACAAAAAAACAAAAGUAACAUAUUGCAGGAGAUGACUGUCCUCUGCCAACCAGUGGACGAGGAUCAGCCCUUUAAUCUUUAUGUACAGCGAUCUGAAUGUUUAAAAAGAACAAAAAAAAAAAAAAAAAAAAAAUGGAAACU